AUGUGUCGGAUGAAUGAUGUGGGAAUCAAACACGCUCGCUCGACUUCGGACGACAAUGACGAUGACGAUGGGGCAUCAACAGCCACAACAGAAGAAGGUGAUUUGACUGAACAGGCCACCAGAGUGCACAAAUGUCGACCUGAACGGGCCACCAGAGUCCAGAAAUGCAGCCCAAGUGCAGGUCCAGGUCCUGACGAAGAGGCCAACGGCCACCAAAUCGUACGCGACGAUGUACUGUACGAUCCAACCCUGCGAGGGAUCGUGAUGUGCUAUGCUAUGAUGCGCUGUAAUCCGCUGAGCUUGUCUCGAAUCAGUCCGGCUUGCGUUGUCCUGCGCUGUAGCUUUUCGAACCAGCGAGUCAGGCCGGCCUUCCUGUACGAUCUCUUUAAUAUGGUCACUGCCCCCGGGAAAGAAGCAAAAUGGAAUGAAUUAUCGAAAUGUUCGAUUGGGACCUGCACAACAACACCACAACCGUCGGUCGGUAUUGGAGUCGAAGUCUGCCGUGAUAGCCAGAAUCUGAGCCAGGCCAGGCCAAACCAGGAUGGGCGAACGGUAGAUAGUGACCGCGGUGCUGAGUGGUCGUCGAAGAGGCAAACAACAACAACAAUAGACGAGGCGGUGAACUAUUGCUUUGCUCUCCUGCAACGCCGUGUUCCAGCUCUGACCAGAAUGCCUGCAGCCUCGAGUCGUCGGAGCUGGGUCAACAGCUUAUUACGCUCUGGGUCGAGUGGAAUAUUCAAUGGGAAUCGAUUCAGCCACGCCCGUGGAAUUGAAGAGACCGAACGCAGGAACCUCACUAUCGAAAGGCACAGAAUUGAUGAUGGGAUGGAUGGCUCAAAAGUCGCCGUUUCGGAGAUCUCUCGAUACCUCGAUACCAAUGACGGAAUGCCCAGUAUCAAGGUUCAGUACAACAAAGAGUAUGAAAAGCACUUUGCUGUCCUCGAUUCACUGGGCACGAAUCCACUUUUGAAGAGCGACGUUUGA